GGGGAGGAGUGCGCGUUCAUGCCGUCGUCCUCACCUAGUGAAAUUGUUGAUAUAGCAGCGAGGUGCAAUAAAUACACCAAAAAUACAUCCCCUUCUUACAGGUGUAUAUUCAUGGACGUCUAGACUUCUACUAUGUCUAUCAACGCUAACUGUAACAAUAGAUUUUAUUAGUAUUGGAGAAAGUGCAGGGAUAUUAACAGUGCAGUUGUGAGAGACUUGUUUAGUGCUUCAACAUGCGGCGAUUGUGGUCCGGAUCGCUGCUGCUGUUGUGGUUGGCGUGGUGUUCUCCAGCUCCCGCAUCGUCACAGACAGCGGAUGCUCGCUCGGUGAGCACCGGGACCCUGAACGCCUUCGUGAGGGCCCUGCAGCUCUCCGAGGUGCAGACAGAGGGUCCCGCCCCUACCAAGCCCCCCACCAGGUUCAGGUUCCAGACCCCGCGACCCAGCAGCAGCAAGUCCUCCUCCCGCAUCACUUACAUACCUCAGGACCGUGUGGAGCGCGUCCGACGGCCACUGUUGCCCUUCCCAGGGGCUGCUAUCACUCUUCCAGCUACUAGCACCACGACACCUAAAACAAAGAUCAGCCCUGCCUUUAAUGUUAAAUACACCACACCUACACCAAGGACUGCUGUUGAUAACACAUUUUCCGAUGAUGCCACAGAUGAUGAUUAUUAUUACUAUGAUGAUUUAUAUUAUGAUUAUCAAGAUUCAAAUGGCACUGAAGAAGGUACUGUUGGUGAUCUGGGGCCACUUGACCCACCUUCUCCAUCAAGAAUUUCUGGCACUCAGCCAGUAUACCAUAGUUCACAGUCCACCACUGCAAAACCAUUUAGGUUUUCUUCAAUAUCAGAUACUGAUACAAACCCCACCCGACGACCGUUUGUUCCAGAAAGCCAAAAUCGACCUGAUAAUGGAAAUGGUUCUGGUGGUCGAUACUCAUCCUUGUCUGAACUCAUUGCUAAACUAAAGGUUGAAGCUCAGGGUGACCCUGCUCCACCCAUUACAAACAGCCUCUCCAACACUAGCAACAACAAUCGUGAUGCUCGUAUUUUGACAGACAAUUUUAAACCUACAUCCAUUACUACAGCCAAUCCAGAACCCAGGAGAAAUAUUGAAGUCCGUAUUACAAACUCAACUGAGAGUUCAGUUGUGGUAGCCUCUGUACAAACCUCUCACAGUGUGAGUGUUGGUGAAAACUUCCAUCCUACUACUAAUCAGCCACCUGUGUCUUCCUCUACUUAUUUCUCCUUCAUUAUAACAACUACCCCACCUCCAGAAACUACUGAGCAGGUUCCAGAAACAACCACUCGUCGAUCUCUUUCUGAUAUAUACGAGACUGUUGAUGUAGCUCCAGCAAUCAUUGCAGGCCCAUCAACGGCACCAUCAGUUGCAAGACCACCUAAACGAUUGGAUGAUUUUUUGACCAAUCAAAACAGUGAUAUAAGUGAUGCAGAAAAGAAUUUUGAUGUGCUAGAAAGACCACUAGUAGCAACUCAUACAGACGAAACAAGGCCUCGUAUUGAGACUCUUUUUGAUAUUGAAAUUAAUACUAAAAAUCAAACUGUAACGGCAACUGAUGCAAAAUUAGACACACUGUUUGAUCUCAGCCGAGUAGAGGAUAUAGCAUCCUUUUUGCCACCAGGGUAUAAAACAGAGGAGGAUCUUGUCAAGGAUACAAGCACUAUUUCUACUUCUACCCAUUCAGUAAUUACGCCAUCACCUAGUUCAGUAGGACACAAUUUGGAAGAUUUCUUUGAAUUAUCUCUAGUUAAAAAUACUUCAGCAUUCCUUCCUUCAGAGUACAAUCCUGCAGAAAAGGAGCCAGUUUCUACCACAGAGACAACCACUUCCACCACAGAUUCAUCUUUGUUUGAUCUCUUUUCUGCUAUUCAGACCACAACUGAAAAGUCUACGACAGAAGCUCAAAAGGAUGAUUUACUUAGCAAUAUUAAAAUAGUAGAUGUAUCUUCAUUCUUACCUUCUGGCUUCAAGCCAUCAGAUGAACCCUCGGGUGACAUCACAACAAAGAAAACCCAAGAUAUACCAACUGCAGAUAUUUCUGAAUUCAUACCCUCAGGAUAUAGUUCAAAAGAACCUCGGUAUGAUACUUCAACAACUCUUCCUGAAGUAAAGUCCGUGGAUUCCUCUGCCUUCUUGCCGUCAGGUUAUACACCAUCAGAAGCUCUUACAACUGAGAGCUCAACCAAGAAACUUCCUGAAGUAAAGACAGUAGUGGUAGAUCCUGCCUUCUUGCCUCCAGGUUAUACACCAUCAGAGGCUCUUACAACUGAGAGCUCAACCAAGAAACUUCCUGAAGUAAAGACAGUAGAGGUAGAACCUGCCUUCUUGCCUCCAGGUUAUACACCAUCAGAAGAAUCACCAAUUGAAAAGUCAACCAAAAGAGCUCCUGAAAUAAAGUCUGUUGAUCCCUCUCUCUUCUUACCUCCAGGUUAUACUCCAUCAGAAGAAACAUCACAGAAAAGUCCAAUUAUAGAAACUGUUGAUAUUUCUAAAUUCUUGCCUCCUGGUUUUAAAUUGUAUGAGAAACCCGCUGAAGAGCUUGCUGCAGAGAAGAUUCCUGUGGUAGAAACCAGUGAUAUAUCAAAAUUCUUGCCCCCAGGUUUUAAACUUGAUAAACCCACAGAAGAGACCGCUACAGAGAAAAGUUCAUUGGUGAAAUCAGUUGACAUUUCGAAUUUGUUGCCGGCUGGAUAUACACUACCAUCUGACAGUGUGUCGACAACUGAACAAUCAACCACAAAAGAGCCCACAACGUCAACAACAACAACCACCACCACCACCACCACCACCACACCACCAUCAAGCCCUAGAGGUUUAGUAUUUCCUCGUCGUCCGAAACUUCCAGCCUACCUAACAACAUCAAAGCCUGUGACAUCAACAGCCUCUGGUCCACCACCACUGAAAGUCACAUUCAAGAAUUUAUGGGAGAGCAUAAGAACAACGACCGAGUUUACAGGCUGGAAGACAACUACACAGUCAACGCCAGUUGGUUUUGUUCCUAAAGCUCCAGAGACAUCGUCUAGCAGCACAUCGUCUACCACUACCACCACAACUACUACCACAACCACCUCUACUACCACAACCACUUCUCGGCCCACAACUCCUGGUGUGUGUGGAGCAAAGUGUCGCUUAGCUGCUACACUAAAAAUAGUUGACGGGACUGAAUGGCGUCCUGAGCUGGCCAACAGGGAUACAUUGGAGUGGCAAGAACUAGCUAACACAAUAGAAAUUGAGUUGGAUUCGUUGUAUCGUCGCAGUACACUUGCACCAUGGUAUGAGAGGGUUGAGAUUGAUGCUUUCAACCCUGGCUCAGUUCUGGUAGACUACAUUCUGCACCUGACAGAUAUCGCGACCACCCUCGACACGACUGACCUUAAAGAGAUACUCAACCAGGAGAUGGCUGAGAAUGAAUAUUUUUAUCUUGGCAACUACACAUUGGAUCCCAAGGCAACAGACUUCAUUGUUAUGCAUGAACGAGCACGUAUCCUCCACGAAGAACAGGAUGAUUAUCUGAUUCCUCAGUGGCUCAUUGCUGUUAUUGUCAUUGGACUCGCCUCUCUUCUCUUCAUCCUUAUAUUUGGAAUAACUGUGUAUGUGAACCGCACGUGUUGCAACGUUAUCAAGCCGAACAACGUUCCACUGACCGAAGAGAUGCUCAACGACUGUCCUCUUGUGAAUCGGGCUCGUGUUAAGAAGCGGCAUGAUGUUCCUCUUACUGCUGAAAUGCUCAAUGAGCUCAAUAAGGCUCACUUGGCAGGUGUUGACAAUUAUGCCAUGGAUGGACUGUAUGACAUGGAUGCUAUAUGGAAUGAGAAAAUCAAUGACAGAAGAGCAAUGAAGCCACCAUCCAGCCGUGGGAAAGGAUACAAUCCUAAUUAUAACAUCAACAUUUAUGACUCUUGGCGUACUGACUGGUCUGGUCCCUAUGGUUCCUCUGCUACAUAUGCUAAACGCCGUCCAGACACUAACUUCUGACAUGAGGAUUCUCAAGAGGAAGACAUUGAGGACUUCUAGAUUGGAGCACCUUCUGGAGUCCUGAGGCAGUAUGUACCGAUGAUUUGAGAGUUGCUCUUGAGGCAACAUAUAACCCACAACUUGGUUAGUGAUGACCAAGUGUUUGCUAUUUGCUCUUUAGAACAAUUGAGGCUGAUCUUUCUGAGUCUCAAACUAAUGAGUGACUGCUGGGUGUAUCUACAUAAAUCCUUAGGACCCAGAUCUCAGACAACAUCGUACUGAUGAUGUUGACUGAUGGCCUCCAGUAGGGCUUAAACACAACCUCUGUGCCUCCAUUCAGGAAACAUUUUUAUACAGCUGUUAAGUUUAAAAAAGUCUAUAAUUUUUGAUGACUUGUGGAGAGAGGAUGAUAGUCCUACUAAAUCUAGCAAGCCUUGAUUGAUCGUGUUCACUGCUUUGACUAUAUACCAUGGUUUACCUUCCUGAUCUUGAAACUACAUCAUCCACAUCUAGGUUAUGAUUGUGCAUUUACAAAUUUGUUGAAGCACAAAUUAAAAAAAAAUCCACUCAAGCUUUAAUUCUCCAGCAUUUUUUCAAAUUGUUGCUCUGUGCCUCUUAAUAAUUCGAAGAACUACUUCAUCUCAUUAAAUAAACACUUUCCUGGUACAAAUAUUAAAUUUUGUAUAACCUGUCCUACCCUUGUUAAACUCCUGGCGAACACGGUCUUGUCUCCCUUUGAGAUUCGGCUCUGUUGUAUCUGCACUUUUUGAAGUGAAGAAGUUUUCAGUGGUUAACUUUCUAUAAAAAAAAUAAUUUGAUAAUAGGAUUACCAUUUAUAAAAAAGUCCUUAUAAAUUUUCUAAAAAAUGUGAAUAUCAUGUAAAUAUAAACACUAAUAACCAUACAGUAUUGUACACAUCUGUAUGACUGUACAGUACAUUACUACAGAGCUGAAGUUUUUGUAGUAAAUUCUUUAUGGAAUUUAUAAAGGAUCUAACUUUUAGCUUUACAGUCCUUUUAAAUAAAUGAAACAAAUUACAAGAGCCUAUAAAAAUUGUACAGUAUAUAUUAAAUAGCGGGGUUUUAUAAAUUUUAUAUAAAAUACAGUGCUACAUUUGCAGGUUUUAUUGAAUGAGCUUUAAUUUGUAAUAUUCUGUUAGAUCGUAUGUAUAUAUACAAACCGCAAUGUGGCCAUUCCUGAAGCAAUGAAAUUCGAUUUUCUCAUAAAACAAACUGUUGUUGAACUGUGAUACAUUUUUAAACUAAGACAGUUUAUUUUUUAUUUAAGUCCAUCCCUUCAUUAUGUAAAAUACUAUUCUUACCGGUAGACUAAUGCUGCCAAGGACAGUUGCAAUUUAUAUGUAUGAAUGUAUACUAAAAUAAAUUUGUUAAGGCCUAGAAUUGGCUUGGUUAAUGUCAUUUAUGUUGUGGAAGCAUGCAAGCCAGGUGUCAUUAUGAAGAGCUAAUCAGUUAAGACAAUGGUCACAAGUUCAGUCUUCACUGACCUAUCUUGUUGUUAUUGUAGAGCUACAAAACAGGUGCAUUGUUUCAUUAUUACACUUCAUUAAACAUAAGUCUUGUGUUCCAUUAAGUUCAGAAUAUUAGCAGAUACAUGUCUGCUAGGCAGACGAGACUAGAUUUUGGUACUCCUAUAGCAUUUAGCCAAACACUUCAUGUAUAGAUUACUAAUAAUAUUUAUAAAUGUAAAUUUUUAUAUUUAGUGGCAUUCAUUAUUCAUGUACUGAAUGUUUGUGUAAAUGUGGCAAGAUGUAUGAUGAUAACUGUCUGUGGUUACUCAUUAUUUAAGACAGUGAAUGUUGGCAAGUGAACAACACGGCUCCACAAUAUUUGACCUGUUUUGGUGAACCUGUGGACCAGCUCUUAUUGCUCUCUUGUAUAUAAUAUAAUGCUAUAAUGCCUCUCUAUGAUGUGAUAUGGAUAAGUCAAAACUGUUGCAUAUAUUAUAAAUUUAUAUUUUAUUAAAAAAGGAAAGGAUUUUUCACCUAAUCAACAACUAUUUAUAAUAAACAAUUAAAAUUUAAAAAUAUUGUUUUAUAAUUUCUAUUUAAUAUUAUACUGUUAAUAAAGUACAGUGAGGCUCCAAAAAUCAACAAAGAAAUACAUAUCCCAAAAUAAUAGAGUAAUCAAAAUUUACUGUACAUUAUCCAUAGUCUGGCACUCGGUGUUCUGUUUGUAACCAUGUACUCACCUAGUUGUGCUUGCGGGGGUUGAGCUCUGGCUCUUUGGUCCCGCCUCUCAACUGUCAAUCAACAGUGUGUUUUGUCACUUAUGUGUGCUCAUACGCCAACUCUUGACCCAUUUCCAGAAGUGCUCAAGCAACCACUUGGACUGGUCAGUAGAGCAACAGCCCUGCUUCUUGCAGGGUUGGUGUUCAAUUUCCAGUGGUCUAUGUGAUUACAGUAAUAUUAUAAAAAAGAUUGUUGUGGGGUAAAGCACUCAGCAUUAUAAUUUAUAUCCGAGCAUCUUGUCUGGAGCUAGUAAGAAAGCUUCAUUUUGGACAAAGCCAGCAUCCUAUACCUCUGGUCUUUUCAAUUAUUUUUCAUCUUUGAUCUUAUGUUAAAAUAAUUGACACCCUGUAUUUUCAGAAUGUCUAGUCUGUUUAGACUAGACAUGUCUAGUCUGAGUGGAUGUGUGAAUGUAUUGCUGAAUCCUGUCAGUCUUACAGAAAUUUUGUAUUUACUUGCAUGAAAUACUCUCUUGUUUUAAGAGCAUCAGCGAACAGGAUAUCAUCUAUCGGUAAUUAAAUCUUCAGUUUCAGCUAUGUAAUAAUGUAAUAUGUUGGAUAUGUCAUAAAUGUACUUUUAGGCUACUAACUGGAUAAUUUAGUUGGCAUAUUUUUCCAUCAAUAGUAUGAUAAAUCCUUCAUUAUCUUAGUUAAUUAUUCAGGGUAUUUAACAUGUAGAUAGUAUUUAUACUAUAUAUUUUUUAUGUAUAAGUUACAAAAUAUCUAAAUUUUAUUUUCUGAAAUAGAUGCAUUUAACUAACAUGAAAAAUACACACUGUCCUUUUUGUAUAUUGUGGUGAUAAUCCAAAGACCUAAAAUCCAUCACCUGGCUGAUAUUUUUUGGUUGCCUCUCAGAGCUUUUCAUUUCUGUAGGACUGAUAGUCUGUACAUUUGUAAUAUAGCUGGUUUAUACAUUUUGUACUGCCUGUCAAAUGGGUAGUUUCAUGGGGCCAAGGUUUCUUAAUAAAACACUUAUUAUCUUAA